AAAAAAGUUUUUAUAAUAUUUCUAUGAGUUUUGCUUUUGUAAAUUAACACCAGCUCCAGGAAGUCUACGACUACGAUGAAUCCAUGCCGAGUAAGUACACCGAACAAGUUCCGGUCCCUGGUGAAAGUGACCUCGCUCGGCGCGGUCACGUUCAGCGCUAUCUGCCUCUACAAGGGCAAUGAAAAGUUCUACGAGAGCAUCUUCAUGCCCAUAGUGCGGCUGAUCCCGCCGGAGACGGCCCACCAGCUGGCGGUUUUUGGCGUCAAGUUGUCGCUGGUGCGGCCCAGCUAUCGGGAUCCGGAAACGCUGCGAACCCGGCUGCUGGGAAUGACCAUUGGCAAUCCGGUCGGGAUAGCGGCCGGGUUCGAUAAGCACGGGGAGGCUGUGAACGGGCUGCAACGGAUCGGGUUCGGCUUUGUGGAGAUCGGGUCGGUCACGCCGAAGCCACAACCGGGCAAUCCGCGGCCGAGGGUGUUCCGGCUGAACGAGGAUAAGGCCAUUGUAAAUAGGUACGGAUUCAACAGCGAAGGUCAUGAAGUUGUAUACGAGAGGUUGAAGAAAAUGCGCGAAGAAAGCCAAAAUCGAAUCACGUUAGGAGUUAAUCUCGGUAGAAAUAAGCAUUCGCCAGACGCGUACAAGGAUUACAUCGAGGGAAUCAAGAAAUUCAGUUGCCUAGCGGAUUAUCUUGUCAUUAACAUUAGCAGUCCAAAUACGCCUGGUUUGAGGGCCAUGCAGAACAAAACCACGCUGCAGGUUUUGCUGAGUGAAGUUCUGAAGGCACGAAGUAGCCUCCCACCGGAAGAGCAGCGACCGAUCCUAGUAAAGUUUGCCCCCGAUCUAGCGGACGAGGAUGUCCAAGAAAUUGUCACGGUCGUGACGCAGAAAGAGUUCGCCAUCGACGGAGUGAUAGUGUCCAAUACGACGAUCAAUCGCCCGUCCAGCUUGAAGAGUAUCAAUGCGGGUCAAAUUGGAGGACUGAGCGGGGUACCGCUACGCCAGCGGACGACCCAGUUGAUUGCCAAAGUGUACAAAUGGACCGACGGUAAAAUUCCGAUUAUCGGUGUCGGCGGCAUCUUCAGUGGACAGGACGCUUACGACAAGAUCCUGGCCGGUGCCAGUGCGGUUCAGCUUUACACGGCGUUCAUAUUCCAUGGGCCACCGGUUGUGACUAGAGUUAAACAAGAGUUGGAUCAGAUACUGAGGGAGAAUGGUUAUAAGAGCGUAGAAGAGGCUGUUGGAAAGGGCUAUGAAAAGUUUUUGUAAUGUUAAUCGCACGGUUUGUAUGUUGAUAAGCCUUACGAAAGUUAUUGAUGCAAAUUAUGUAAUAAAUUGGAAAGUAAAUUUGUUAAAUUUUCGUGCAACACA